UCGAGGACACACAGACACGGUGAAGCAGCUACUGUUAUCUAAACCCAAUAUAAACCUAAUGAAUAAUGAAAGUAAUACAGCUCUACAUUUGGCCUGUGUUCGGGGACACACAGACAUGGUGAAGCAGUUACUGUUAUCUAAACCUAAUAUAAAUUUAGGGAAUAGUGAUGGUAACACGCCUCUACAUCUGGCCUGUGUUCGUGGACACACAGACAUGGUGAAGCAGCUCCUACUGCUUGAGCCUGAUGUAAAUGUACUGAAUAAUGAUGAUAACACACCGCUACACCUGGCUUGUCCUGAUGGACACACAGACAUACUGAAACAGCUAUUACUGUUUGAACUUGAUGUAAAUGUGGUGAAUAAAGAUGGUAACACACCGCUGCAUCUGGCCUGUGGUCAUGGACACACAAACAUGGCUAAGCUCCUACUGUUCUCUAAGUCUGAUGUUAAUGUGGAAGAUAAAGACGGCAACACGCCUCUACAUCUGGCUUGUCGUGGUGGACACACAGACAUGCUGAAACACCUACUACUGUUUGAUCCUGAUAUGAAUGUAGUGAAUAAAGAUGGUGACACGCCCCUACUUCUGCUCUGUGUUCACGGACAAAUAGACAUGGUAAAACAGUUUCUGCUGUUUAAACCAGAUGUAAAUGUAGCGAAUAAAAAUGGCAACACAACUCUACAUCUGGCUUGUGGUCAUGGACACACAGAUAUCAUGAAGCAGCUCCUACAAUCCAAAGCUACUGUCAAUGUGAAGAAUAACGAUGGUAACACACCACUUCUUCUAGCGUGCCGUGGGGGACAUAUAGACAUGGUGAAACAGCUAUUCUUGUUUGAAUCUGAUGUAAAUAUCGCGAAUAAAGAUGGUAACACACCGCCACAUCUUGCAUGUGAUCGUGGACACACGGAUAUCUUGAAGGAGCUCCUACUAAAUAAAGCUGCUGUCAAUAUGGCGAAUAAAGAUGGUAACACACCACUUCAUUUGGCCUGUGUUCAUGGACUUACAGACAUGGUGAAGCAACUACUAACCUCUAAAGCUGAUGUAAGUGUUGUGGAUAAAGAAGGUAACACACCUUUACAUCUGGCCUGUCUUGGUGGACACACAGACAUGGUGAAGCAGUUAAUGCUCUCUGAAUCUGAUGUAAGUGCAAGGGAUAAAGAUGGUAACACGCCCUUACAUCUAGCCUGUGCUCAGGGACACACGGACAUGGUGAAGCAGCUACUGCACUCUAACGCUGAUACAGAUGCGGUGAAUAAAGAUGGUAAGACACCGCUAUAUCUGGCUAAUAGUAACGGAGACAUAGAUGUGGUGAAGCAGCUCCUGCUAUACAAACGGAAGUAAACGUGGCGAAUAAAG